CGUCCCAAUAGAUGCGUCCGCCGAGCGCUGAUGACGCAGGCGUGUGUUGAUGUCUGAGGGGACAGUGGCUCGCGCUCUUGACUUCCUGUUUCUGAGCAGAGCCUGGGGCUGAGGGCACCGAACCGGCCCCGCCAGCGGCUGGGCAGAGCUGCGUUCUCCACUUCGGGGCGGCGGGAGGCGGGCGCUGGGUGGCCCGGGCGCCGCGGGGAGGAUGAACUGGCUGUUCCCCCUGUCCAAGGGCGGUGGCUCCUCCUCGUCCCCCGCGGCCCCUCUCCCCGCCCUCACCAGCCUCCAGCAGCAGAAGCAGCGGCAGAUCGAGUCCCUGCGCAGCGCCCAUUCCGCCAUUGCCGAAAUACAGAAAGAUGUGGAAUAUAGGUUGCCAUUCACCAUAAACAACCUGACAAUUAAUAUUAACGUCUUGCUUCCUCCUCAGUUUCCUCAGGAAAAACCACUGAUCAGUGUUUUCCCACCAAUAAGACAUCACUUAAUGGACAAACAAGGAGUGUAUGUGGCAUGUCCAUUAAUAAGCAAUUUCACAAUGCACUCUGACCUUGGAAAAAUUAUUCAGAGCUUACUGGAUGAGUUUUGGAAGAAUCCUCCAGUUUUGGCUCCAAGCUCAACAUCAUUUCCAUAUCUUUACAGUAAACCAGCUGGAAUGCCUCCUUAUACUCCUCAGGGUUUUCCAUUUCUUUCUCCAUACCCGCCACAAGAAACAAAUAGAUCUAUAGCUUCUGUGCCAGUUGCUGAAUCAGGUUACACUACAGACAAACCCGCUGCUCCGUCCUAUGGCUUGAUCACAGACCUGCCAUUACCUGUUCCAACAACAGAAGCACUAUUACAGAUGGGCCAGAAUGGUUUCACUUACAAGAUGCCUGAUGUUCCUGAUGCAUUUCCAGAGCUCUCAGAAUUAAGUAUACCACAGCUGACAGAUAUGAAUGAGCAAGAGGGUAUUUUGCUGGAACAGUUUGUGACUCUGCCACAGCUGAAGCAAAUCAUAAUGGAUAAAGAUGACUUAGUGAAAAGCAUUGAAGAGUUAGCAAAAAAAAAUUUACUGUUGGAACCCAGUCUAGAGGCAAAAAGGCAAACAGUGCUGGAUAAAUUUGAACAGCUUACUCAGAUGAAAGCCACCAUUGAAAAGAAGAUGCAAAGGCAGCAUGAGCUUAGUGAGGGUUGCAGUCCCAGUGCUUUGCAGGCCAGACUGAAAGUAGCUGCUCAUGAAGCCGAAGAGGAGUCUGACACUAUUGCAGAAGAUUUCUUGGAAGGAAAAAUGGAAAUAGAUGACUUUCUUAGUAGCUUCAUGGAAAAGAGAACAAUUUGCCACUGUAGAAGAGCCAAAGAGGAGAAACUUCAACAGGCAAUAACAAUGCACAGCCAAUUUCAUACUCCACUAUAGACUUUCGUGCAAACUAGACCUGCCAAGAGAAGAGUGAACAAACCCAAUAAAGCACAUUUUCUAACACCUAUUUGCAAAUAAGCAUUUCAUCAUAAAUGGUUGUAUUUAUAGAACAGAUUGUAUACAGUGCUGAGACUGUUUUGUACAAAUUAGAAUGACUCUUUAUAUUCUCAUUUUAUUCAAGAAAUCCUUCUAUUGCAAUCUUUGCACUAAUAUUUUUGUAUUUAUUGUUGAUAGUCCUUACCAUAUUUAAGUUCCUGCUGCUAUCCUGCCAUUCUUUAGAGAUUAAUAUCUAAAUGUGUAACUUUGGCUAGCUUUGUACAUUUUAUAAAACAUAAUUCAUACCUUUUUGUAUUUUGAAUUUGAAACAUUUGCUUGAGUUAUUUUAUGAAGACUCUUGAGGAUGGUGAACUUUGUAGGGAGGAGAUUGGUAACGCUUUUUAUAAGUGUCAGUGAAAUAUCAGACUUCCCUUCCUUGAUGCCAAAAAUGUUCAAUGCCAGUUUAUUUUUAAUUCAAAAUAAUAUCAUACUAAACGUUCCUGCAUCCUGGUUGGAUAAGCAGAAUCAGUUUAAGGAACGGAUGCUUUGAAAAUAUAUAUCAGCAGUCUGUAAAUAUACUAUCUAUUAUACUAAGAAUACAAAUGGACUCUUCAUCCUGAAGUGACUAGGGCACCCACCACUGAAACUAGCUACAGAGUUUCAGCAGACAUCAUCUUUCAUUUUACGCAAAACCAAAGGAAUUUGUUGUUGCACAAUAUAAAAAGGAAAAAAAAAAAUCAGGCCACCUUUUUACAUAGUUUUUGUGUGUUUUAGUGUCUUCAUCUGAGGAACUCAAAGCAACUUUACAAGCUUAAUUUAUUCUCAAGUCCCUUGUGAGGGUGGAGUUACCUGGAUUCAAUAUACAAGAAACUGACUUUUCACUAGCUGUGCAGUGAGUCCUGGUAAGGGCCAUGAACAGAACUCUUAUCUGGUGAUUUCUAGAUCUUUGUCCUUUGAUCACUAGACCUGUUUGUCAGGUGCGCUUCCUUUUAGGGGAGGGGAUAUAUUUAAUAUGCAUGAACUGCAAAUUAACAAACAAAGGCUCAUGAUGUUUACAGGUGAAAAAGCAACCCUAAGUACAUUUAAAAAAAUAUAAAUUCUAGUCUGUCUGCCACUGAACUGAGUCAUGAAGUGAAAGUACAGAUUCUAGAGAAUAGAUAUAUUUGCUACAUCCUGAAUUUUGGGAUAGAUUUAGUACUGCAGUUCUCUGUUUUAUUCUGUCAUAGUUGUAACUUUCUCAGGAAUCUUGAUAUUGUUCUCUCCCCACACUCUUCUGACAAGGUGAAGAGAAGCAGGGUGGAAAUGCAUUGAGACUUCUGAAAGGAACUUUUUCAUGAUCUUGAGUCUGCAGCUACUACUUAAUCCUGUCAAAUCUGACAACCUAAACCGGUUAGACUAGGUCCGUACUUAAAGGUUUCCCUACCAGGAGGUGUCACUCUAACCUCUAAGUCAGUACUGAAUUGAAUGCCCCCAGCAUUGUGUUAAUAAAGCCACUGUGUUUCUGGAAAUGCUGUUUUUUGGGGCUUGAGGUAAAAGUUAAAUCUGACUCUUUGUAGUCACUAAAGAUCCAUUAGCACUUCUUACAGGUGUAGGAAUAUUAACCCCUAUUUUCAAAUGGGGUAAUAUUCUUUUACCUAAAUUACAUUGAUGGGUGCUUUUUAAAUUCAUAUACUUACCUGGCAGUUUUAUUUAGGAACACUUAUUCUCUGUGCUUUGUACUGUGGUGUGCUGUUUUAAACAGCUGCUGAAUAUGGUGGUGGGCAAAGUGAUCCCUGAGAAUAGUUUCAGUUUGUAAACCAGACAGAGAUCUUGCAGGAUGAGCAAGUAAGAGACUAUAUGGUGAUUAUGUUCCUUGUACCAAUUAAAGCAUUACCCUUAAAGAUGACUUGUACAUUUUAAUCCUCAGACAUUUGAACCUUAAAAUGUACAGCUGGAAGUUUUGCCUCAAAUAUUUUUUUUGCUGAAAAAUACAGAUUUGGAUCAGCUAAAACAAUUGGUGAAUUUGGAUUGAUCAGUUGGGAAGGGGCACCCAUCAGAGAUGUUGAAACAGUUCACUUCAGCAUUUCUGGAGUUAAAUGAUUCAACUUUUGUUUAAGAAAAUUUUUUUUUUAAUUUCCCUCAAUUUU